AUGGGCGGCCGCUCUACCAGGGAUAUGCCAUCAUCCUUCAAGGGGAUUCAUGGAAGGAUUGUCUACAUGGUUGAAGUCAAGGUGUCCAUGGGCUGGCUGAGGUGUUCUCAACUACAAACAGAGUUCAAUUUUGUUUCAAAUUCCUUUUCACACCUUGGCCAUGGAAUGCGUCCCCAGUCUGGUUCAGUGGGUAAAGAAAUCGGGGUUUUCUCCAAAGGACAGGUCCAACUGUCUGCUACCGUCAACACAAAGGUUUGCUCUCCAGGUGACACUUUAUCUGUUGAUGCCAAGAUUUGCAACUCCUCUUCCAAAAAAGUGAAGCCCAAAUUCCGUUUACAGCAGAAAACAGUGUACCGCGCCAGUGGCUCCACCAAUUCUAGUGACCAAACUCUAUGCAAAAUAGUUGGCGAGACUAUCGCACUGAACUCAGAGGAAACUGUCUCCUGCCAAUUGAAGAUUCCUGCCGAUGCCAUUCCCACACUCCAUCAUUGUGAAAUCAUCUCAGUUCACCAUUACCUCAAGGUGUAUUUGGACAUCAGUUUUGCCUUUAACCCAGAGGUGGUGUUUCCACUGGUCAUCGUUCCUUCUAGCUUUGCCCGCCCUUACCCUGGUGAGGCUGUGGGGCCUUACUCAGCUGGGGCCCCAAGUUACAGCGACUUCCCUCCCCCUGCUUUCCUUGUUGGUCCUUAUCCUGUACCUGCAGGUCCAGGUGCUUAUGGGUACCCAGCACCAGAUCCCACUCAAAAUAGAACCAUAAGUGGCUAUAAUAAUCAGUGGCCACAACAGGCCUCUGCAUGUGGUUUUUCAACUGCAGCUUCAUCUUUAAUGCAGCAACAAGCCCCUACUGCUCCGCCUCUAGUUCAACAGGGAGAAGAUCCUCCCUCUUAUAUGUCCCUUUUUAACCCUUCUCAGGACACUCUCAGUAGGACUGGGUCAGAGCACAAAAGCUGAGCUUCAAAAAGAACACAAACCUCCCUCCAGAUUGUUUAGAAUCGGUCUGAAAGACAUACCAAAUUGUUGGAAAUGUAAGACAGAGGACAGCUAACUACUUCAUGUCC